AUGGUUGGCACAGGUGGUCCAGUGGCCACCUUCUCCGUUUGGGACUAUGUGGUGUUUGCCGGGACAAUCCUUGGAGCGGCAGGCAUUGGCCUCUUCCAGGCCAUCCGAGGCCGCAAGCAGACCAGCAGCGAAGAGUUCUUGUUGGGAGGGCGGCAGAUGACAGCGGUACCAGUGGCGAUGUCUCUAACAGCCAGCUUCAUGUCUGGCAUAACUGUCAUUGGCACACCUUCUGAGGCAUACUUGUAUGGGGCGUCCUUCUGGUUGUUUGGCUUCUCCCAUGCCAUCAUGUCCACUCUCACUGCCGAGAUCUUUGUGCCCCUUUUUUACAGACUGCAGAUCACCAGUGCCUAUGAGUACCUGGAGUUGCGUUUCAACCGGACCAUUCGAGUAAUCGGGACUUCAGUGUACAUCUCGCAGACGGCCCUGUAUACUGGCUUGGUCAUCUACGCUCCAGCUCUUGCACUUAAUCAAAUUACUGGACUUGACCUGUGGGGAGUGCUGGUGGCUACGGGGUCAGUGUGUAUCAUCUACUGCACUUUGGGUGGCCUGAAAGCAGUCAUUUGGACCGACGUGCUGCAAAUGGUGAUCAUGCUGACGGGUUUCGUGGCUGUAAUAGCGAGAGGGGCUGUGGUGCAGCGGGGCCUGGCCAACAUUUGGGAAGAUGCCAGGCUGGGGGGCAGGCUAGAGGCGUUUGACUUUGACCCCGAUCCACUGAAGCGACAUACUUUCUGGACCAUCACAAUCGGUGGAAGCAUGAUGUGGGCGUCAAUCUACGCCAUCAACCAGUCCCAGGUGCAGCGCUACAUCUCCUGCAAAACACUGGGCCAUGCCAAGAUGUCUUUGUAUUUAAACAUGGUGGGCUUGUGGGUGACUGUGAGUCUGGCUGUGUUGUCCGGACUCACCAUGUACUCCAUUUACAAGAACUGCGACCCGUUUACAAAUGGUGACGUCAACACCACAGAUCAGUUACUUCCUUACCUUGUCAUGGACAUUUUGGCAGCCUACCCCGGAAUCCCUGGUUUGUUUGUGGCUGCUGCAUACAGCGGGACCCUGAGCACAGUGUCUUCUAGCAUUAAUGCCCUUGUUGCUGUCACUGUGGAAGACUUCAUUCUUCCCGUAAGCAAAAACCUGACACAGAAGCAGAAGACAUGGAUAAACAUGGGCCUAAGUGUAUUCUUUGGGGCUCUGUGUAUCGGGAUGGCUGGCAUUGCUUCAUUGAUGGGAAGUGUACUGCAGGCAGCUUUCUCCAUAUUUGGCAUGAUCAGCGGACCUCUUCUUGGGCUUUAUCUAUUAGGCAUGCUUUUCCGCACAGCUAACCCCAUAGGAGGCCUUACAGGAGUGAUCCUCAGCCUGGUCUUGACUCUGUGGGUGGGGAUCGGAGGCCAGAUUUACCCUCCAACAACUGCCAAGACAAACCCUCUGCCAGUUAGCACUGCGGGCUGCAACAACACACACCAGUAUAACACGACAACAGUAGCUCCCUGGACCAGUCCAGUGACCCUGCAACCUGAGGUUAGGCCUCCAUUAGCAGACACGUUGUACUCUCUGUCCUACCUCUACAUCUCUUUGCUGGGCGUACUGACCACAGUCGUGGGUGGACUCUUGGUGAGCACGGCCACAGGUGGCUGCAAGCAAAAGAAGCUGAACUCCAAUCUCUUUGUGAGGAAAAGUGACUUGAUGUGUUUCAGAUGGAACAGUAAAUCAAAGGCAUCUGAGAAAGCACAAACGGAUUCACCACACUUUCACACGGAGGCCAACAAGUCAGGAUUUGCACACCAUGACUGGGCGAAGGAAGAUGUUGUGAAAGUGACCAAACUUUAAGACAGGGGUGCUCAAAGUGUGGCCCACAGCUUGUUUUUUAUUGUCCCGCAGCACACUGUAGAAAUAAAAUUAAACUAAAAAACCCAGCAAAAAUGGGAAUAAUGAGCAAAAAGCGAAAUGUAAAGAGAAGAAGCUGAAAUGUUGAUACUAAUACAGUUUUUGCUGAUUGCUUUCACACAUUUUGUUAAAUUAGGCUCGCUGUGUCAAACUGCUAUACACAAGCAAAAUAAGACACAACACUUGUUGUAAAACACCUCACAGCUCUGUAAAAAUGAAACACUACAAUCAAAACCCAACAACACCUUCUAAAACUGUCAUUUUAGCAACAAAAUGAUACAUAUUUGCACCAUUUUGAAAAAAAGCAACAGACUGAUGUGUUUUACACAAAACACUGAAGUCAAAAUAUUUGUAUUUAUUUUUCUCAAACAACAGCUGAAAGUUACAGUAUUAAGCAACAGAUGUUUUAUUUCCUUUUUGAAAUUUCUUUCAAAUACCUAAAGAACGAUAGAGUACAGUACAGUACAAAUUCCAAACACAAAUCAAAACAAUUUAAAUUUUGUUUAGUAUUAGUUAAGUAUUUACAGUAGUGUAGUUUAUACUAGUAUUUAACGUGGGAGGAUUUCAUAAAUAUAGGAUCCCAACUUCUGUCUGGAUCUGGCCAAAGGACCUGACCCACAUUGCAGAUUACCAAUGCCAUUGCCAUUGCAAUUAGCAGAUGUGUGCAUUUUUAUUCAAAGUGGUUUUCCAAUGAUAACAAGGUAUUUUAUCUUUAAGUGUGUAAUGUAGAAAACUGUGUAAUGUUCUGCGACAACUGUGUUGAAAAAUUGCAAGCUAAGUGCAAAGCAGAAAACGUGUUUAAGCUAUCGUCACAUUGCGUUUUAGCUAUUGUUACAAGAAGUUUUGGUUUUGUAGCUUUGGUCUAAGCAUUCAUUUGGGUGUAAGCAGUUGGCAAAAACUGUAAUAAAACAAAGCUUUGUCUUUAAAUAAAAAAAAAAUUGUUUUUUUUUUUUAGCCUUUUUACAAUGUUUUGUAUUCAAGAUCUGUUGCACUGUAAACACCUCAGACAAAAGGUUCAUAUUUAAUCUGAGUAACACCUGACUAGUUAAUCUCCUUGACAUCACACAAUAGGAGAAGUUUACAAAGCUUUUACCCACCCACUUUUACCUGCUCGGUGCCAGUAAGACAACAGGAACGACCAGCUGCCCUUUCCAAGGAAGAAGGAAGAAGGAAGUGGAGAAAUCAGGUUUCUAUUAUAGUGCAACAAAGACAGCAGGGCAUGGAGCAGCAGGCAUGGAUGUCAUCUUUGCUCAUUUCCUUCUCAGCAAGUAUAAAGAC